AAGUAGUCGGUACUUCCGGGCUUGCUAACGUUUGCAGUUUGGAUCUCUCUGGAUGUUGAGUGUGCGGGCUCUGUUUGGGAUCGGCGUCCUGGUGACCUCGCGAGCUGCUGCAGCCCUCGCUCAGACAGGGACAUGUCCGCUGUCCACUGCAGCUAACAACCACAAAAAGGACUGUUUCAGUAGCAGACCGGCAUCCACCAUGGCCCAGGCCAUUAAAUACCUCGGACAAGAGGAGGCCCAGCACAUCGAUGAGGAGCUCUUCAGUGAGUACGGCUUCAGCGUGGACCAGCUGAUGGAGCUGGCUGGACUCAGCUGUGCCACAGCCAUCACACGGGCGUAUCCACUCACUUCUCUGGUCAAGGCCAGACCUUCUCUGCUGGUGAUUUGUGGACCAGGUAACAACGGAGGCGAUGGCCUGGUCUGUGCCCGACACCUUAAAUUCUUUGGUUAUGAACCCACCAUCUUGUACCCGAAGAGGCCAAACAAACCGCUGUUCCAGGGCCUGACCACACAGUGCCAGAAAAUGGAGAUCCCUUUCCUGACUGAGAUGCCUGAGGCCAAAGUGAUUGAUGAGGCUUACAACCUGGUGAUAGAUGCUAUCUUCGGCUUCAGCUUCAAGGGGGCCGUGCGAGAGCCUUUUGGUUCCAUCUUAGACGUGCUGAAGAAAACCACAGUCCCCAUAGCCAGCAUCGACAUCCCCUCAGGUUGGGAUGUGGAGCAGGGCAGCGCAGAUGGACUCCAGCCCGACAUGCUCAUCUCUCUCACUGCUCCCAAGAAAUCGGCCUCCUUGUUCAGAGGACGGUAUCACUUCCUCGGAGGCCGCUUUGUGCCACCUGGCCUGGAGAGGAAGUACCAGCUCAACCUGCCUCAGUACCCCGACACGGACUGUGUGUUACAACUGUAGGGGAUUUAGGUUUUAAUGAGAGGUGAGAGGUGUCUGCGGCUCCAGCUUAACAUAAAGACUGGAUGCAGUGUAAACAGCGGGCCUGGCUCUGUGCUGAAAGGCUGUUUCAUUUUGUUUCCACUAUUUAUGCAAAGCUAACAGCUGCAGUAGCUUCAAAUUUAGUGCGCAGACAUUGAGAGUGGUAUCACAUAAACGUAUUUCCCAAAAUGUUGAACUAUUCCUUUACAUCUGUAAAUUUGAAUGGUUCUGAUUGAGUGAAUGGUUGUGGGAGUGAGUUUAAGGCUGUGCUGUAAAUCCAAUAAGAGUGUUAUAACAGAGAUUUAGUCGCUCGAUCAUGGUGGUUGCUUCAUCUACACAAAAAUAAAAAUUACACGAUUGGAA